CAAGGAAGUGAAGAUUAGUGUGCAGCUAUGUUAUGUGAAACUUGUGGUGUGUUAUUUGUAAAAGAAUAAAUAAUUUUCUUUAAGAAACGAGUUUAAUGUUUUGGAUAUGUCGUAUUUGAGUAAAAAAGAAUGGGUUGUGUCAAUAGUCGGGCAGACAUUAAUGAUCUACAUCCGAAUGUUUUUCAAGUAAUGAAUAUAGAUGACUUAGGUAAUUUAAUUACACCUGGACGUUUGGAAGUCACUGAAACUGAUAUUGUACUAUAUCCACGUGUUAAACAGCCUAUCAAAUGGCCAUUACGUUGUUUACGUCGGUAUGGAUAUGAUGCUGAAAUAUUUAGUUUUGAAUCUGGUAGACGAUGUUCAACAGGGCCAGGCAUUUAUGCCUUUAAGUGCCGUAGGGCUGCACAGUUAUUUAAUCUUGUGCAAACAAAUAGUCAGGUUUGUAAUAACAGCGGAGACGAUACAAUGCCCAGGGAACUUCCAGUUGCGUCUCAUCCUAGUCCAACAGUAACAAGAGUGACAAUACCAGUUGAGCCUAGUUACUUGGAUCCGAUACUGAACAGAACUAAUAAUCGUAUGGGUCCCAGAUUUGUUCACAACCAGCAAAAUGGAAUUGGAAGAUUAGGUAGUGUUGGAAGUAGCACAGGUCUUAUAUCACCUUCCGGAACUAUAGGUUCUCCUUCACCGCUUCCUGUGCUCCCACCACCUCCACCACCAUUCCCUCAACCACAUCCGUCCUCACUUUACGUCAAUGAAGAAACACUGUCUUCUCUGCCAUUGGAAAUGGAGCAUAAUAAUAAUAAAAGCCUUAGCAGAGCAAUACAGAGACCCUGUACAGUGAGUAAUUCUAUAUUCAAUAAUGACUCGAUAUCGCUAGAAUUGAUAUCUGUGCAUAAAACUACACAAAUUACUUCUCGAACAAAGCCACAGUUUCCAGUUGCAGCUUAUAUGAAUGUAAAUAUAAACAGUGAUAUUAGUUCACUUUCUCCGACUCAUAGUGUUUCCGAAGUAAUGCAGUUUAAGGAAGACAAAACUGAAAAUAAUGAAUCUGGACAUGCCUACAUGAAUAUAAGUCCAGGCCAGGAACAUACAGAAUCUUUUGGUGCUAGACCACGACCUUCGCCAUUGCCAUCUAUUCAAUCUGAUAUAGAAGAAGGAACAAGACAUUGUUAUGCUAACUUAGAAGCAAGUGAAAUUGAAAGCUUUAGAAGCAGGUUUUCUGGAAUAUCUGUAGCUGAAAAAUCGCCUUUGCCUCCAUCAACGCCUACAGGUGGCCCGAUUAGGGAAGUGAACUAUGCUGUAUUAGACCUGGAUACAAAGGAUGUACCAAUUAAUCAAUCGCCAUUAGAUGGACCUUCAAAUCUAACUGCUUCUCCUCCGGAGUCUCCAAAUAAGUUACAAAAAGGGUAUGCUACGAUAGAUUUCAAUAAAACAGCUGCUCUUUCUCAUUCUGUCAACCCAAAUCUUGUGAAUGAUAAUGAGGGUUCAAGAAAAACGCGUCACAAUUCUACAAUUAGUGACUUAGUAGCUUCUUGUAGACGUAGUUCAUCUGUAAGCGAAUGAUCUUCUUUUUAUUUUUUAACUGUGCCUGUAUAAUGAGUAUCUGUAGCAUUUUAUAGAAUGGUAUUGUGCUUUACUUUUUUAUUAAACUCAAACAUUUACUGAUAUGAAACCAAAGAACAGGCAUUAAAUAAGUUUGUCUAAUAUCAAUGAGAGAAAAAUGUAGUAUGUGUAAAGCACAAUGUAGGUAUAU